AUGGAGGCUUGCAUUCCCACCCCAACGCCGCCGCCCCGCCCACCGCUCCCCGAGUGGGCGGCGGACACGUCCUUCCCAAUAACGCGGGACGUCGACCCAGAUGCUUCAGCCUUCUUCCCCGAAACCCCGCAUCUCGACUCGCGCGCCCUCAUCGCUGGUCGUGAGGCGAGCAUGGCGUGGGCCGACGCCGCGGCGUGGGACGCGUGGUCCGAGAUCGACGAGUUGACGUUCACUUUGGCCGUGUUCUACAAGGCGUAUGCUCUCGUCGAGGCAUGGACGGACGAGACGAGCAGCAUGGUCUCAUUCGCGUACCAGCUCGCCGGGAACCUGCUGUUCCCGCACGCCGCCGUGCCCCGCAAAACGCCAGUCUACGACUUUUGCGGCGACGCGCUCGAUGCUUGUGCCGUCCCGAUUGUCGACACGGAGCUGUCGAGUAUCGUCGGCGACCUCCCGCUUGGCCGGUACGAUCCCGUCCUCAAGAACUAUCCCCCCGGCCCGUCCAUCACCGGCCGCGUCGUGUAUGAUGAGCAGGUUGGCAACUGGGUGCUCAAGAUUGUUUCGAGGACGGGCGCGAAUGGCGAGGAGCUCCCACUCGACGAUGACGACCAAGAGACGCCGGUGACGGUGCCGACAGGCAGGACACCUUCGGCCCAGCCCCCUGCAUCGCCAUCACACCACCUCUAUACCACCGUAAUCCUGCCUCCUCGCAGCACUGCCGCACUAGCCCGCCCACACAAUGCAAGAUGA